GGCAGAGUCCCGGCCGCUCCCGCCCCGCGCUGUCCGGGCUCCGUGUCUGGUCGCACGCAACAGUCGGUCGUGACACCCGCCGGGCGCUCGGCUCCUCCUGCUGCUGCCGCGUCCCGCUCGGCCUGGGCCAGGCUGUGCCCGCGCUCACCGGGGUCGGGCGGCUCACGGCUGCCCCGCCCGCCCAUCGGUCGGGGCGGCGGGUGCCCCGGCCGGGAAGCAAGGACGGAGGGGUGCUUCUGCGGACCGGCCCCGGGUGGGCGCGCCGGCACGUGAGCGAGCCGGGGAUGCCGCGGCCGGACGCAGGGCGCCGAUGACCCGCCGGCUGGGCCGCGCCAUGCCUUUCCCGCCCACGUCGCCGCGGGCGCCCGCCCGGACCCCGGGGGUCCCGGCCGCGCGAGCCCCGCCCCGGAGGCCCGGCGCCCCCCGCAGGCCGGUGGCGCCCCCCGGAGCCCCGCCCGCGCCCUCGCCGCCCGCCGCCGCGGAGAGGAGGAGACCCCCGGAGCGGCCCGAGGGGCUGCUGUCCGGCUCCUGGCCCUCGACCACCCUGAAGAGGCCGCCGGCCCGGCGCGCCCCCGGCCCGGCCCCUCCGCGCGCCCCGGCCGGGCCCGGGCGCCCCGGCCCCAGCCCCGCGGGAGCCGCAGGGCCCGCCGCCGCCGUGCGCGUCUCGCUCAGCCUGACCCCCGAGGCCGUCCUGCUGCUCCAGCGGCGCCACCUGGACAAGCAGCUGCUGGCGCGGCCCUGCCGGCCGCUGCCCUCGCCCUCGGCCGCCGCCGGGCGCCCGCUCGGCCCCUGCCCCUGCGCCCGGCCCGCGGGCCCCGGCCGCCGCCGGCCGCCCCCCGGCAGCCUGCAGCCCCCCGGCCCGCGGCCCGCGCUGCCCGUGUCGCUGCUGAACGAGCGGCACAAGUACGACGACGUGGAGUACGAGGAGGAGGCCCCGGGGCCGGACGAGGGCCUGGUCCGCAAGUGCACGGAGUGGCUGCGCGGCGUGGAGAAGGCGGCCGCCGCGCGCCACCGCUCGGGGCCCCUGGACACGCUGCCGCACCUGAGCACGCUCUGAGCCGGGGACCGGGGCGCCUCGGAGCCACGGACACCGCCCGCGCCCGCAAGCCGGGCCUUCCCCGCCCGCCGCCCCCGGCCCCCGCGAGCAGGACCAGCAUCCCCGGUGCCCACAGCCGGCUUCGCGGACUCGCCGCUCCCCCCGGCGCCCUGCUGGGGCCCGCGCGGCCUCGUCGGCCCCGCGCAGCUCACCUCCUGGCUCCUGGGAGCCCGAAGCGCCAGCGUAAGGCACGGGCCCGCCAGACCGCCCCAGCCCCUUCCGCUGCCCUCCAGUCCAGGCUCUCCCCACCCUCAGCCGGGACAGCCUCCCCUUUCCGUCUCCUGCACCCAGGGCUCUCCCCGAGCUGGCCUUCUGCAGCAUUCUGGCCUCCAGCUCACUCCUCCAAAUGCCCUGGGGCUCAGCUGGUAGAGGAUAAGCCACAGGGGAAAUGCCUCUGGUCCCCCACCCCUAAGACUCCUGUAUGUCCCAGAGACCCUCUGGCUGGGCCAGCGGUCUGAGCUUUCUGCUGGCGCUGGGCGCUGGGUGCCCCAGUCGGAGGAGCCAGUCGGAGGAGCCGGUGUCCGGGGCAGAAGCGGCCCAGACGGUGGCUGUCUGCCGCAGAACCGGGCGUAAGAUUUUGCUGCAUUUAUACUUUUGUUUCUCCAAAGUGGAAAACAUGUGCAGGGUCGGGAAGGCUUGGAAACUCAAGUCAACCUAACUUUCCAACUGGGAAGGGGAAGGGCCGGAAGCUGGCAGCGACCGCAGCGGGUGAGUGGGGCCGGGAUGGGAAGGACUCUGUCCACACGGAGGUCGCAUCCAGGCCCCUGUCCUGCCCGCAGUGCAAGCUGUGCACACUUGCCCCUCGUUCACACGCUCACACACCCACACCCGUAACGCUCGCUCGUGAACUCCCCCAGUCUCUCUCCGCCUCACCGCCUCACGCUGGCCUACUCACACGGCCUCGCACUCAGGGCUCACACACACGCACGCACGCACACGUGUCUCCAGAGGCACAGCAGCAGGGACAGCGUGUCAAGGCCCGAGAUGUGAGCAGGAGCCAGGCUCGGCUUCUGCUCUGACUCAUGGAUUUUACUUGAAGUGCUGCUCAGAGUGGCUCUGCGCAGUGGAAAGACCAGCCAAGCCCAGGGAGCGGGGGACGGGCAAAGCGCCGGGUGCCGGCCUAGAACAGAAUGUUCCGGGUCAGAGAAGCAAUUUACUGAGGGGAGGCAGUGGGAGCCGUGGCUGGGGUGUGGGGUACGUGUGUAUGUUUCCAGUACUUUUAAUCACUGUGUAAAGAUCAGUAAUGCGGGCGUAGAGUGGUGUAGAGUGAUCUAAAAAAGUAUCUCCUUAUUGUUUGAAUAAAGGGUAAGACUUUAUCUAGGAGCCGGCGUAGCCUUCCCCGCUGACUCCGGGCUGAUUUCUCGACGUUCCCUCCACGCGUCAUCAUCAGAUAAGGCUGGUCACGGACAAGGAACCUGUUACCUCCACUCUGACUUAUUUUGUAAAAGUUACUAAGUGGCUGGUGUUUAUCGUGUUGGACUUUAAUGUGCCAAGUCUUAAUUACAUCUUGUAUUGAAGCCUUACAUUUUUAAAAACCUAAUUUUAUAUUUUUCUUGUGAUGUUUGCUCUAGUCUCUCUGUCUCUCGGCACCAGUCAAACGUGGAGCAUUUAGUUCCGCCGGACGAGGUCGGCCCCAAACAACGCCUCGCACUGACUAGCUCUUGUUGCCUGACUCCGCUUGAAUGCCAAGAGCUCGAUUGUCCUUUAUUUAAGAUGAAUGUGUUAAUACACCGGGGGAGGGGGUGCGCAGGGGGCACUCUGGCCUGGGUGACGCGAUGUGUCCCGCGGACACUGUGUCGGAGGCGGGGCGCUGGCUGAGGACAGUGCCCGCGGGCUCCGAGUGAGGUCAGGGCGCACAGGGCGCCCUCUGGCUCCGGGGGCGCUCAGUGCAGAGACCAGUCCCCGAGACCUGAGCCUUCCGCUCCUUGCAGUAACACUGUAAGGACUGUCCCAAAGUAAUCAACUUUUGCAAACAUUUUUCCGCGUCGGCCCGUGUGUGUGUG